AUGGAGGCCGUGGUGAGCGCCUCCCAGGGCGCCGUGCAUAUCCUGUUGGGGAAGCUCGGCAACGUCCUUGCCACCAAAUAUGUGCUUCUCGGCGGCGUUCGUGGGGAGAUCCAGGAGCUCAAAGAUGAGCUUGAGAGCAUGACCGCGUGCCUCCGCGACCUCGUGGAUAGCGAUGAUCACAAUGAACAAACUAGGACUUGGAUGAAACAAGUGAGGGAGGUCGCGUUCGAUGUGGAGGACUGCAUGGACAGGUUCUGCCAUCACCUCAGCGAGAAUCAUGGAGACCGUCAAGGACUCCUGGAAUACCUCCAUAGGAUGUUCAACAUGGUGCGAACAUUGGGGGUGCGGCACAAGGUGGCCACCGAUAUCCAGGGCCUCAAAUCUCGUGCGCAGAAAGUGAGUGACCGGAGGAUCAGGUACACGUACACUCAGAAAGUGAGUGACGACCCGGCUGAACGAUCGGGCAAAGCGCUUGAUACUUCGUACAGCCACCUCGACAACCUGGACCGCUGGCUGCCAGCAAUACAUGGUGACGGGUCCGGGCUAGUCGGGAUGGGCAACAUGACUGAUGCCGUGGUUAGCCUGCUGAACGAGCAACGCCAGGUGGUGGGGAGUCCCCGAGUGCUGUCCAUAGUGGGGUUUGGUGGUCUCGGCAAGACCACCCUCGCGACGACCGUCUACAACACCCCAGAGUUGGGCGGUAUCCAGUGCCGUGCUUUCGUUCCGGUGUCCCAGACAUACGACGUCCGUUCUCUUCUCGAGUCCGUGUUGAAGCAGCUUACGGCUUUGGUUGACAAUGAUAGAAAUGAUUAUCUCCUCCGGAAAAUUAAAGAGUGGGACAUGAACCAACUGGUCACCAUGAUCAAACAACGUUUGGAGGGCAAGAGGUACUUGAUUGUUCUGGACGACGUUUGGCGAGCAGCUGCAUGGGAUCAGAUAAAGGUAGCUUUUCCUCAUGGUAAUAAUAAUAAUAAUGAGGGCAGCAUAAUAAUUACUACACGCAGUAAAGAGGUAGCAAAAAAUUGCUGCACCUUUUCUGAUGACAUAUAUGAAAUGAAGCCCUUACCUGAAGAGGAUUCACAGCAGCUAUUCUUCAAGACGGUAUUCAUGUCAGAGGAAUGUCCACCUGACCUGCUGAACAUGUCCAAGGCCAUAUUGGCAAGGUGCAAGGGUCUGCCUCUAGCUAUAGUGAGCAUAGGACGAAUGCUAGCUCGAAGGCAAAACAAGACAUCAGCAGAAUGGAAAACAGUAUGUGAUAGACUGGGUUCUGAACUGGAGACAAACCCCACUUUGGAGGGAAUGAGACGGAUACUUGCUCUCAGCUACAAUGAUCUGCCGUACCAUCUGAAAGCAUGUUUCUUAUACCUGUGUGCUUUCCCUGAGGAUUUUGAGAUCAGAAGAGGCUCUCUUAUUAGACGGUGGGCAGCCGAAGGCUUAAUCAUUGGAAUGUAUGACCGCAGUUUGGAAGAGAUUGCUCAAAUUUGUUUGGAUGAGAUUGUCAGUAGAAACAUCAUUAUUCCUGGACAGAUUGGCUGCAGUGGCAAGAUUAAGAGUUGUAAAGUCCAUGAUAUAAUGCUAGAAGUUAUCAUCGCCAAAUCUGUCAAGGAAAAUUUCAUCUCAUUCCUAGGGAGCAGUCAAUACAACACAACAGCAGGCCAUGACAAGGUACGACGGCUCUCGAUCCAUCCUGGUGGCACCCAGGAGAAGAGAACUUUUUCCAGUAAGAACAUAGUCCAUACCCGUUCACUGACAAUUCUGAACAGCACCGAGAAACCUGUACUCAUCAAAUUUUCUCGUUUGAUACUUUUGAGGGUUUUAGAUCUUGAAGGAUGUGGAUGGUUAAGGAAUAAAGAUCUCAAGGACAUUUGCAAACUGUCUCUGCUGAGAUACCUCAGCCUUAGAAAUACAGCCAUAUCCCAACUACCAAAUGCAGUAGGGAAACUUAAAGAAUUGGUGACACUGGAUGUGAGGGAAACUUCUGUCGUCGAAUUUCCCAAAGGCAUUACUUGGCUUCAGAAUCUGAAUCAUCUGCUUGUAGGCGGUUAUUCAUAUUACACAAGGACACGAAGUGUCAAGCAUUUUUGGUGGAAUGAUGGAGCGAAGGUACCACGUGGAUUAGGGAAUAUGUGUGCCCUCCAGAGAAUCUCUCAUGUAGACAUCUCUACAGAAAAAAGCUCGAAUGCAAUGGGUGAGCUGGGAAAAUUGCGUCAGUUAACCAGACUUUGUGUAGUCAACAGGAAGGAAGCAAAGCUUUGGAAACCCUUUGCUAAGUCUUUGGAUGAGCUUAGCAACUCUCUUCGCUAUCUAAUGGUUGUGGACGCUUCAGAGAAAGUCGAGGAGCUGAAAUUUUUAGCAUACCUGAAGAAUCCCCCUCUGUCUCUGCAGAGCCUGCAUUUGGUGGGACGGCUAACUAGGCUGCCUGGCUGGGUUUCAUCGCUCAGUAACUUGGCCAGUCUGUCGCUUCGACAGACUUACCAAUUGGCCAAGGAUUCUUUUGAGGUUCUAGCGAAGCUCCCCAGUCUUGUUUCUCUCAAGUUGUACGACAAGGGAUAUACGGGGAGGGCCUUAUUUGAAGAGGGCUGGUUUCCCCAGCUGAAGCAAUUGGUUGUGGAUAAUUUGGUUCAGCUCGAGGAGCUCAGCUUCCGUGGGGGUGCACCUAAUCUUGAGAGGCUGACAUUGUAUUUCCCGUGUGUGCCUCGUGGAGGCGUUAAUGGAAUUGGAAAAGAAAAGCUGCGAAAGCUAAGAGAAGUUGAGUUCUUCGGCGUCGUUAUAGAGUCUAUAUUUGAGCAGGUGUGUGAGGCGGCCAAAGAAUAUCCAAAUCAUCUGAAAGUCACCAGGGAGGAUCGACCUACUACUACUACGGAAGCUGCACGAGCACCUGCCCGGCAAGUGGACUACAACACCGGCUCAGGGGCAGGGAGCAGUGAGCAGGAGUCAACCGAUCAGGUGGAUAUGCCUGCACUAGGAUGCGAAGAUGAUGAGGCAACGCCAGCUUGGCGCGUGCAGCCUUCAACGUGUCCUCACACUUACACAUUGUAA